GCUCUGACCCCACCGCCACUAUCUCUCCUCUCUCUUUUCAUCCAAGAAUGAGUUACAAUAAUGUUCGUGGGCCAACGUCCGCCCUGACUGAAUUCCUCAGGGAUUCCGGCAUCACUGCCACAACAAUUGCACGGCGCUCAGCGACCGCGAAUCGACCAGCAGCUGGACCGAGUAACACACUGGAAGAAGCAGAUAAUGUCGACGCCAAUCAAGAAGAUGGGGUUCAGGCCGCGCGUCGACGAACUAGGAGCAGUAAUAGGAGAUCAGGAUACGUUUCUGACGAAUUAGACGACCCUGCGUCCCCCACGAAGAAACGAAAGUUGAGCAGAUCGGCAGAAGCCAAGAUGAAGAAGAAACAAGGGGAAAAGUCCAAGAAAGAUGACAAGGAUGACGAAGAUGAAGACGAAGACGCGUAUACUGCUCUAUCAAGGUCUAUGUGGUCGAUAGCUGGUUCCCCGUCAAAACCUCCUGUAGGAAACUUUGAUACCUGUGCAAAGUGCCAAAAACAGUUUACUGUGUCCAAAUACACUGUAGCCGCAGAUCCUGGCCCUGGAUAUCUCUGCCAUCCAUGUGCCAAGUCUUCUGGGAACGAUCCAUUCAAGAAGCCCACAGUGCCCAAAAAAUGCAAACCAACCGUGACGAAACGGGUCGUGAAUUCUGAAGAGCGUCUCUUUCCUUCCCUUGCCUCUCUAUGCAUUCAGAUAAUAUCGAGGUACAUCGAUGAUAUCGAAGCCCUUGGCGAUAUUGGUACCCUCAAUAUGGAAGCUAUAUCCAAGGCCAUCUCAAAGAAUCGUAGCCUGACAUCCGCAAAUGCGCAUCUGUUUUAUGGACCAGAGAUCACAGUUCUGACACUUUAUGACGCUACAAAGUUAACGCCCGACGCCUUAUCAACUUUGGCUCAUUUUAAUCCUAAUUUAACAACAUUGCGCCUCGAUUUCUGUGGCCUCCUAUCAGACGAAGUCAUGUCUGUAUGGUCGAAAUCUCUUCCGAAUUUGGUGUCUCUUCAAUUGCUUGGUCCCUUCCUUGUCCGGCCUCCCGCCUGGAUUAAUUUCUUUGAAUCUCACCCUCAGCUUGAAUGUUUCAAGAUAACGCAGAGCCCAAGGUUCGAUGUCAAGUGUAUCGAAACAUUGAUCACUACAUCGCAGAAGACGUUACGCGCUUUGGGGCUAAAGGAAAUUGGCAAGAUAUCUGACGAGUUCCUCAAUUGUAUCAAGCUGCUCGAAGGGCAAUUGACGUACCUGGACAUAUCUGAACCAAGCGAGUCUUGCAGUGAAGUAGCAAUCAUAGAUAUGCUCUCCACUGUAGCAUCCACCUUAACCCACCUAGACCUCUCAAAUCACACAGAAGUCUCCGACAAAGUUCUACAACAGGGGUUGCAAGCUUACUCCAAUGCCAUCACUUCACUUGGUCUAAGAAAUCUCCCCGAACUCACCGAUGCUGGGGUAGCUAAUUUCUUUAAUUCCUGGACGUCCAAUCCACCCUUGACUUUCCUCGAUAUUUCCCGCAUCCAUCUUCUAAACAAGGGGGCCCUUCUUGCCAUCCUGGCCCACUCCGGAUCCAGCCUUCAGGAGUUGAAUAUCAAUGGAUGGCGAGACAUUGAUAACGAGGCCUUAGAAGAGAUUGGGAAGCAAGCACGAGAUUUGAAAAAAGUCGACUUGGGAUUCUGUAGAGGCGUUGACGAUUUUACUGUCAAAAGUAUCAUCGAAGGUAACAAAGGAGGGCUUCAGGAAGUCAAAGUGUGGGGUUGCAACAGAGUCGAAGGCAAGUGGACUGUCAGUGGGAAACAAAGACACAUUAGGAUAUAUGGCAUUGAAAGUCAUUAGAUGUCAUCUGUAGCCAUGGUAGGGAGGGUCAUCUUGAGAUGGACGCAAGAAUGUAGCAGUGCAACUGUACUUAUCAUUUUCUUGAAGGAAUUCAGGGUAUCCCUAACUUCACGUCAGAUGUACUAGACAGAUCGGUCUUAUUCUGAUACAAGCUAUGACCUAGGACUACAAAAAAACACGAAAGUUAAAGCG